CAACCAUGGAUGAGGCGCAAGUUGUGGAGUCAAAGGAUGGAACCAUCUCGGUUGCUUCUGCAUUUGCUGGUUAUCAGGAAGCUGUGCAAGACAGGGAUCACAAAUUCUUGACAAAAGCAGUGGAAGAAGCAUAUCGAGGAGUCGAUUGCGGUGACGGAGGUCCAUUCGGAGCAGUUGUCGUCUGUAAUGACGAAGUAGUAGUCAGCUGCCAUAACAUGGUUCUGAAGCACACUGACCCUACUGCGCAUGCUGAAGUAACUGCAAUUAGAGAGGCUUGCAAAAAGCUUGGGAAAAUUGAGCUCUCAGACUGCGAAAUUUACGCGUCCUGCGAGCCAUGCCCAAUGUGCUUUGGUGCAGUUCAUCUCUCCCGAAUCAAGAGGCUGGUUUAUGGGGCCAAGGCAGAGGCUGCCAUCGCCAUUGGAUUUGAUGACUUCAUUGCAGAUGCUCUGAGAGGCACUGGGUUCUACCAGAAGGCCAACUUGGAGAUCAAGAAAGCUGACGGCAAUGGUGCAUUGAUCGCUGAGCAAGUCUUUGAAAAGACUAAAGAGAAGUUCCAGAUGUACUGA